AUGGCCGCACCCAAGAUGACCAUGGCUUUCGCCAGCCUCGUACUUUCCGGCGUGUUUGCCCACAACACCCAGUCGGAUGGCCAGUCCAUUGUGACCGUCGAGACUCAGCAAGCCGGCACCACCACGUCCAACGGCGUCCUCCUGUAUUCCAUGAACUACUGCACUGUCUUCCAGACUACUGAGUGCAACAUCGGUCUUGCCACUGCUACAGGAGUCGUUCCCGUCGUCUCUGAGCCCGCUUCUGGCUACUCUGCCCCUGUCGACUCGAUCACUCCGGCCGUCUCUUCCACCCUCCCUGGCGAGCCCAAGCCAACCAUGGUCUGGUCGGAUGCCGCUACCGUUGUCACUCAGCCUACUGCCACCGUCUAUUCGGUCACGGACAGCAUCGGCAGCUCCGCGGAGACCAACUCGGUCCUUGCCGCAACCGGCUCUGAGGUUUCGUCCAGCGGCGCUGCUUCGGCCUCGAGCUCCGUCACGGCCAACGAGCAAAGCAACUCGACUUCAGUCCUGACUCAUAGCAGCCCUUCCGGCAGCAUGACGGCCCCCGCUGCUCCGGACCGCACCAGCGCUGGAGUUGUCCUCAAGGCCUUCUCCGGAGUGGCCUUUGGCACGCUCGCCAUGGCCAUGGCUCUGUUCAUGUAA